AUGAACGGUUAUGAAACAAUCUCAGGAGCGGACGGAGGCAAAGACGGUGCAGCGGGAACGUCCAGUGGACAGCAGUCGCGACCAGGUACGAGCAACCGAACCGGUGGGAAGCACCUUCGAACGCAGGGUCAGAACAGCCUCACGAUGGUGGCCGGUGGUGGCAGCAACUUUCACACGGAGUUCCUCAACGAUCCGGUCGUGCGGGAGAUGCGCCAAGCGCGUGAGGAAAAUGCCCGCCGACAGAAACAUGACUACUCGCACGUCUUCAGGAGGAAAACCCGCUUCGACUUCAUCCGCAUUUCGGCGGUCAUCAUGGGCAUGGAGUUUGUGUACUCGGCCGAGACGGCGUUCGUAUCGCCGAUCCUGCUCGGCAUCGGCAUCGAGCACCAGCUGAUGACGAUGAUCUGGGGAAUCUCGCCGCUGAUCGGCUUCUUCCUGUCACCCGUUAUCGGUGGCCUGAGCGACCGAUGUCGGUCGAGAUUUGGCCGGAGGCGACCCGUUCUGUUCGCGCUCGGCGUCGGCCUGAUAGCCGGCUGCCUGUUGGUACCGUUCGGGAAGAACAUUGGCGAGUGGUUUGGGGAUCUCGGCGAGAUUGUGGUCGAUCCGGCGUCGUCCAUUCUGGACCCGGUCGCAGCGAGACUGAUCGAUCUGAAUGGAACCGUGGCGACGGAAGCCUUGCGAGGGUACAACUUCUACCGCGUCGAUGAGGAAAUCGUCGAACAUCGGUUAGACUACAAGUGGGCGAUUGUGAUCACGAUCAUCGGCACGAUUCUGAUGGAUUUUAACGCCGACAACUGCAUGACGCCGUCUAGGGCGUACCUGUUGGAUAUCUGUCUACCGGAGGACCAUGGACGCGCCUGCAGCACUUUCUCCAUCCUGGCCGGGUUUGGUGGAUCCGUCGGAUAUGCCAUGGGUGGCAUCAACUGGGAUGAGACAUCGUUCGGUGAAUUCCUUGGGGGUAGCAUCAAGACCGUAUUCACGUUGGUGGUCAUAAUCUUCGCCGUGUGCCUUACGAUCAGCCUUACAAGCUUCCGUGAGAUCCCGCUCCCGUUGCUGGAGGCGGAUGAGCUCCUUCGCCCCCUUACGGAGACCGUGGUGAAGAAGGAGAAGGCACGCAGGGAGAAGCAAAUUUUUACCGUGAGGGAAGUCAGCAAGGCGCUGACGGCACAGUUGCAGAGUAUUCAGUCGCCCGAGCUGAACGUGCCGCAGAAGAUCAACAACGCGCUGGUGGAUGUCGAACGGAACCCUCCGGUCAAGGAUGCAGCGGUCGAGCUGGCGGAGGAGGACGACGAUGAGGAUGAAGAGAAGCAGAUGAGCCCGAAGGACUUUAUCAAGAGCAUCGUCAUGAUGCCGAAGUCGAUCGCCAUCCUGUGCGUCACAAAUCUCUUCUGCUGGAUGAGUCACCUGAGCUACGCACUGUACUUUACCGAUUUCGUUGGAGAGGAGGUGUUCGGAGGUAAUCCGGCUGCGCCGUCGUUCUCCGAGGAAAACAAGCUGUUCCUCGAGGGUGUCCGGUAUGCCUGCUUCGGUAUGGCCAUCUACUCGCUCUCCUGCUCCACCUGCUCGUUCACGAUCGAGAAGCUGAUCAAGGUGUUGCGUGCGCGAACCGUCUACUGUGGAGGACUGUUCAUCGACGCGGUCGGUAUGGCCUGCAUGGCGUACUUCCCGAACAAGGUGACCGUUUUCGUGCUGAGUGCGACCGGGGGUAUCGUCUAUGCCCUUCUCUUCACCAUGCCCUUCCUCCUUCUCGGCCAAUACCACGCCAAGGGAACGUUCAAAGUCCAUAAGGCUGGCGCAGAAACACAGGAACGGAAGCGUGGACUCGCCACCGACAUUGCCGUCGUCGGGGGCAUGAUCUUCGUCGCACAAAUCAUCGUGGCGCUCGGGAUGGGAGCUCUGAUCACCGCGUUCGGUACCACCGCUGUCGUCGUCUACAGUGCCAGUAUCUGCAGUCUUCUGGCGUCGCUCUGCGCCACGCAGGUGGUGUACAUGGAUCUCUAA